AUGAAGUCCAUGAUCAAGUUCCAGAUGAAGAAGGUGCUGUGUCUGGCAGUGGCUGUUGGCCACGUGAAGAUGACAGAUGAUGAGCUUGUGUACAACAUCCACUUAGCUGUCAACUUCCUGGUGUCAUUGCUCAAGAAAAAUUGGCAGGAUGUCAGGGCCUUGUACAUUAAGAGCACCAUGGGCAAGCCCCAGCGUCUUUACUAA